AUGAAUAAUUGGUCAGUUGAACGAGAUCCUUCAUCAAUUAACGCAAAAGUAUUUGCUACAGAACCAACCAUAUCUUUAUCAUUAUGGACUUCAUCGUAUCAAUGGGCUAAAUUAUCAAAGGAUGUAAUCUGUGUUUCCAAUGAUUUUUCAAAAACAUAUUACAUACCAGCUCGUGAUUUACAAUCGAUUACAAAAGCAGAUUUAGAUAAAUAUAAAAAUAAAAAGUGGACAACAUUUAAUCAAUUUAAAAAAUCAUUCGAUAUUUGGUGUAUGGAAUUGGAGAAUGAUUCCGAUUGGAAAAAAUCAAAAUGCAAUUGUCCCGCUUUUUUUAAGAAUUAUAUAUGCAAACACGUUGUUGGUAUGGCUAUUCGUUUGAAAUAUUGCAAACCCCCACCAGCAGCAAAAACAGUGCCGCUCGGUGAGAAAAGAAAGCGGGGUAGGCCAGCAAAGGCUAAACCUGCAUUGCUAGUACAGUAG